UGGCCUAGGCAUUGUGUUUUCUAGCAGGGGAUCGCACUCCCUCAUCUCUUUACAUCAACAAAUCUCAUACCAAAGGGAGCAACCAAGCCCACCACGGCUUCGGCCAGGACGAUAUACAUACUAACCAACAGGGACAUUGUAGACGGGAAAUUUUCUCUUUUGAAGUUUCGAGACAUCGCAGAGAACUGGCCAGUCUUGCAGAACAGAACGUUCAAGAGACUGAAGGACAUUCGACAAACAACAGAACCAAACUCAAAAUCACUAUUGUCGGCAGCGGUUCACGUCUUUUAAACUCCAGACACCCAACAUGGCCACUCCCGUCAGAACGACUACCAUUGGCGGUCCUCCAGUGACCGACAGCCCAGGUACUUGGCGUCACCCACGACUCAACGAGAUCGCCAGGCGUCGUAAUGCGACGACCUUCUCCGAGAAGAAUGUGCGCCAGAUCGCCUAUAAUGUCAUUGCGCUGCUAGGAUUCUGGUCUGCGCAGCUCUUAGCCAAGCUUAACAUUGGCUCUCAAGUUGUUCCUAGCUCUUUUAGGAUAUACUUGAGCUGGGCAUGGUUCAUUCUCAACCUCAUACCAUUUAUCAACAUUGGCAUCGCGUGUCUGCCCUUGAUUCGACCGAAAGACGAUCUCUCCGAUAUCCCUCUGACACCUGCUCAGCGCAAGCUGCUGGGCCUGGACCCCUCCUCGGCCGCCCCGACCCCCGAUGCGAAGUUCAGCACGCCUCCUCGAUACUCACGCACACCUUCCAUAGGUGGCUCUGUUGGAAGCCGAGGAAGCUAUGGCAGCUCACCCCUUUCUGGGCGAGGAAGUCCUCUCGUACAGGGAGCGGCUGGCUCACCGUUGGGCAGCCCUCUUUUCCAGAAGAGCGUCAACAGUUUCGGCAAUGGAAGAAGGUCUUCUUUUGGAUCAACGAGCCCAUUUGCGGCUAGCUCUUCUGCCAACCUCUUCUCAGAUCCUACCUCUCCCGGUUCCGCUGGAGGCAAGCGAACAAGUGUCGGGUUGAACAGCAAGUGGUUAUACGAGAAGGGACGGCGACCGUCAGGUAAUGCCUGGAACUUGUGAUUCAGGGUUGAAUAAUGAAGGUAGACAUUUUGGACAAGCACGUUCGUGAUACAGGAAGGGCUCAAGCUAUGUGAGUCUUGCCAUUCGGCCGGGAGACACUGUGUUCAAUGUGCAUGGAAUCUGGCCUAUUAGAAACCCAAUGUUGAUAUUCUUGUGAAGGGUUCGCAGCGGGAGUCAGAAAACUCCUCAAUAACAAAACUAAUGAUUUACAUGCACCACCCGACCAGUGAUUCAAGAAGAUCGCUGCGGAGAUACCAAACUGGGUAUUCGAUAAGCUCGAAACUGCACGGUUGUCUCAUGCCAACAUGCGUAGGGAGGCAGA